AUGACCGGCAAUCCCACAGAGACACCAGUAACAGCCAAUCCCACCGAGACUCCAGUGACUGGCAAUCCCACCGAGACACCGGUGACCGGCAAUCCCACCGAGACUCCAUUGACCGGCAAUUCUACAGAGACACCAGUAACAGCCAAUCCCACCGAGAUUCCAGUGACUGGCAAUCCCACCGAGACUCCAGUGACUGGCAAUCCCACCGAGACUCCAGUGACCGGCAAUCCCACAGAGACCCCAGUAACAGCCAAUCCCACCGAGACUCCAACACCAGUGACCGGCAAUUCCACCGAGACUCCAGUGACUGGCAAUCCCACCGAGACACCAGUGACCGGCAAUCCCACCGAGACUCCAGUGACCGGCAAUCCCACAGAGGCACCAGUAACAGCCAAUCCCACCGAGACUCCAGUGACUGGCAAUCCCACCGAGACACCAGUGACCGGCAAUCCCACAGAGACACCAGUAACAGCCAAUCUCACCGAGACUCCAGUGACUGGCAAUCCCACCGAGACACCAGUGACCGGCAAUCCCACCGAGACUCCAGUGACCGGCAAUCCCACAGAGACACCAGUAACAGCCAGUCUCACCGAGACUCCAGUGACUGGCAAUCCCACCGAGACUCCAGUGACCGGCAAUCCUACAGAGACACCAGUGACCGGCAAUCCCACCGAGACUCCAGUGACCGGCAAUCCCACUGAGACUCCAGUAACCGGCAAUCCCACCGAGACUCCAGUGACUGGCAAUCCCACCGAGACACCAGUGACCGGCAAUCCCACCCAGACUCCAGUGACCGGCAAUCCCACCGAGACACCAGUAACCGGCAAUCCCACCGAGACACCAGUUACCGGCAAUCCCACCGAGACACCAGUGGCCGGCAAUCCCACCGAGACACCAGUGACCGGCAAUUCCACAGAGACGCCUGUGACAGGCAAUCCCACGGAAUCACCCGGGACCGGCAAUCCCAGCGAAGCACCCGUAACUGGCACUGGCACCGAAAUCAGCUCUGGCGAUGUCACAACGAUUGUUGUUUCUCCUUUCUCUGUCAAAUUUGCCCCAUCGAAUCCAGGCAGUGAUUCUUCCCAAGCAAUUCUGCUGUGUUAUCCUCAAAGGAAUUUCACUGUCGCACUGCUGGAGAUUAGUGGUGGCAUGGGGCCUUUUCGAAUAUCAAGUUUCGAGUCGUCAAAUGGCUGCUACGGAGUGGAAGGCGUCGGAGCGGUCGAAUUUUUAGGCGAAAUGAAAACCAGUGCAACGGGAUGGGACAAUUGCUCAUCCGGCAAUUCCGAUGAAGGUGGCUAUAUCAUGAUGGGUCAAGAUGACACUGUGAAUUUAGCCGUAACAGACUUGUCCAAUCCUCCGCAAGAGAUUGCCCUUCAGUUGAAAGUUCAUAUUCCGCAGGUAGACGAUCCGGACAAUGAAUGGGACAUGAGUAACUAUCGAUGUGAUCCGAAUAAAGGUUACAACUUUCACGGUCAAGGUGAAGCAAAAAACUUGUUACGGCAAAAAAGUGCGAUGCCCGCAUCAAAUUCGUUCUUACCGGAAAGUAAGCGUCCAAAACGGCUCAAGCGUAAACGUCGUUUAUAACUGGAUCGUAGCACUACAUUGCACGGCGUACUGUGCAAGAUUGCAAUUGAACAGAGUACGCACUGUAUUUGUAGACCCAUUUGUUGUCUGCGAAUUGUACCUAAAUUGUUAGUUCAUCGAAAUUUUCAAAAUCUUUAGUUUUGUUCUAGUAAUUUUAAGAUUUGUUUGAUUCUUUGGGCUGUUUAAGGAGUUUCAUCGUAUUUCUUUGGAGUUUCGUAUGUUCCUCCAUUAAGGAUUGGUUUUCCUUACCAUAAUGUACUGACAACCAUUUUUGGGAAUGCAGGAAACGAGAACUUAGCUCGCUUCGCCUCAUUCUAUCUGUUCCAUUAUCGA